GCAACAUGUAUAUAAGCUUUGCUACGACGGAUUUUAAACUCAGUUACACACGGAUAAAGUAUAUGCAGCAUUGUUGCAAAAUAUUAUCAAUUUCUGAAGCGUCUAAAAGCAAAGUGCAAGAAAAAUGCCGACUAUCUGCAUGAAUGCUAUAAUUCUGUUCAGCCUAAUGUCAACUUGCGUUCCUUUGCCGAUCUUUCUUAUAUCACCUGAAAAUGCGAUACAAGACACAGUUCUUACGCAUCCAGCUGUAUUAAUUAAUUCUGCAAUGGAAGACAGUUUGUCUAAUGAAUUACGAAAUAAUUUCUAUAAAAAUCCAAACAUUGCUGCUAGUCUCGCUAAGGAAUCCUGGUUUAUUGAUAAAGAAAUGCAGGUGAUCGACCGAGAAACAGACAAAAUUUCGAGAGAAAAAAUCUACAGCCUACUACAUAAUGCUGGACUAACUCGCAAAUAAUAUUGAGAUAAUAAAUAAAACUACGUGAUUUUAUCUAGCGAGUAAACGUUUCAGUUAAGAAUGUAUAAUAAAAUUUAAUUAAAGAAAAAUAGG